AUGGAGCCGCAGGUGGUUGAAGUUGGCAGUGAUAUGCAUUGCAGCUGGUUAGACUGGUGGAAUUCUUUAGCAUUUGCUUGUGCUUCUUUUCAUGAGGAUAUUGCCUUAGUCGAGAAGCGUCUCUCUGCCCAAGAAAUUAUUCGCAAGAAAUAUCAUGUCGAUUUUGAAGCUGAUUGUGCUUCUUUAGUUAAGGUUACUGCGGAGCGUAAUGUUUUACCUUCUGAGACUGUGUACCAAGCUUUAUCCUCUGAGAAUGCUUCACUCCGGAUAAAUGUUGAUGAUCUUCGGAGGGAUAGGGAUAACCUUGUGGAAGACCUUGAUGCGUCUAAGGUAGACCUUGCUGAGGCUCAACAUAGUUUAGAAGAGUCCCUUAGUCAUGCUGAAGGCCUCCAAGAGAAGUUGGUGGGUGCUAACGCCAAGAUUAACUGCCUUGAGGUCGAGAAGCGUCUCUCUGCCCAAGAAAUUAUUCGCAAGAAAUAUCAUGUCGAUUUUGAAGCUGCUUGUGCUUCUUUAGUUAAGGUUACUGCGGAGCGUAAUGUUUUACCUUCUGAGAAUGCUUCACUCCGGAUAAAUGUUGAUGAUCUUCGGAGGGAUAGGGAUAACCUUGUGGAAGACCUUGAUGCGUCUAAGGUAGACCUUGCUGAGGCUCAACAUAGUUUAGAAGAGUCCCUUAGUCAUGCUGAAGGCCUCCAAGAGCAGUUGGUGGGUGCUAACGCCAAGAUUAACCUCCUUGAGGGCCAGAUAUCUCAGCUGGAAAUAUCUGGCCAGUUUGAUGCUACUGUUAAGUUUAAAGCUGAGGCGUUUCAGCAAGCUAAUGAUCAGCUUAGCGCUCAGAUUAGGGAGCUUCGUCAGGAAUCGGCUUCGGACCUAGCGGCGCAAGUUUCCCAAAUGGAGGCGCAGUUCAAGCGUUCUGUCAUUGACUAUAUUAACAAUGCUUUUGCGGAGGCUGAGCUCCAAGCUAAGGUCGAGAAGCGUCUCUCUGCCCAAGAAAUUAUUCGCAAGAAAUAUCAUGUCGAUUUUGAAGCUGCUUGUGCUUCUUUAGUUAAGGUUACUGCGGAGCGUAAUGUUUUACCUUCUGAGAAUGCUUCACUCCGGAUAAAUGUUGAUGAUCUUCGGAGGGAUAGGGAUAACCUUGUGGAAGACCUUGAUGCGUCUAAGGUAGACCUUGCUGAGGCUCAACAUAGUUUAGAAGAGUCCCUUAGUCAUGCUGAAGGCCUCCAAGAGAAGUUGGUGGGUGCUAACGCCAAGAUUAACUGCCUUGAGGGCAAGAUAUCUCAGCUGGAAAUAUCUGGCCAGUUUGAUGCUACUGUUAAGUUUAAAGCUGAGGCGUUUCAGCAAGCUAAUGAUCAGCUUAGCGCUCAGAUUAGGGAGCUUCGUCAGGAAUCGGCUUCGGACCUAGCGGCGCAAGUUUCCCAAAUGGAGGCGCAGUUCAAGCGUUCUGUCAUUGACUAUAUUAACAAUGCUUUUGCGGAGGCUGAGCUCCAAGCUAAGGUCGAGAAGCGUCUCUCUGCCCAAGAAAUUAUUCGCAAGAAAUAUCAUGUCGAUUUUGAAGCUGCUUGUGCUUCUUUAGUUAAGGUUACUGCGGAGCGUAAUGUUUUACCUUCUGAGAAUGCUUCACUCCGGAUAAAUGUUGAUGAUCUUCGGAGGGAUAGGGAUAACCUUGUGGAAGACCUUGAUGCGUCUAAGGUAGACCUUGCUGAGGCUCAACAUAGUUUAGAAGAGUCCCUUAGUCAUGCUGAAGGCCUCCAAGAGCAGUUGGUGGGUGCUAACGCCAAGAUUAACCUCCUUGAGGGCCAGAUAUCUCAGCUGGAAAUAUCUGGCCAGUUUGAUGCUACUGUUAAGUUUAAAGCUGAGGCGUUUCAGCAAGCUAAUGAUCAGCUUAGCGCUCAGAUUAGGGAGCUUCGUCAGGAAUCGGCUUCGGACCUAGCGGCGCAAGUUUCCCAAAUGGAGGCGCAGUUCAAGCGUUCUGUCAUUGACUAUAUUAACAAUGCUUUUGCGGAGGCUGAGCUCCAAGCUAAGGUCGAGAAGCGUCUCUCUGCCCAAGAAAUUAUUCGCAAGAAAUAUCAUGUCGAUUUUGAAGCUGCUUGUGCUUCUUUAGUUAAGGUUACUGCGGAGCGUAAUGUUUUACCUUCUGAGAAUGCUUCACUCCGGAUAAAUGUUGAUGAUCUUCGGAGGGAUAGGGAUAACCUUGUGGAAGACCUUGAUGCGUCUAAGGUAGACCUUGCUGAGGCUCAACAUAGUUUAGAAGAGUCCCUUAGUCAUGCUGAAGGCCUCCAAGAGCAGUUGGUGGGUGCUAACGCCAAGAUUAACCGCCUUGAGGGCCAGAUAUCUCAGCUGGAAAUAUCUCGCUAG